GAAUGGAAAAGUAAUGGAGCACAAGCAAUCCCUGGCCAGCAUUUAUUUUGCAACUGUAGUGACGUCACUUUGCCUGUAGGGACAGCAGUUUUAUACAUGCGAGCAUUUUUCUUCUUUUCUACGAGUUUGAAAGAGACGAUCGCGGUUUGUGGUUAAAGUGGAAAAGCCAAUCGACGAUUUCUCGUGGCUGUCCUGCCUUUGUUUCAGUGGUUUCCUUACUGUGUUGUGAAUAUUGCCAAUCUACGCAUAGAGUUCGAGCAGACAGAUUAACGGAAACGUGUUAAAACGAAUUGACACUUGCUGGAGGUAGAAUCAUUGAGUAUGUGCUUCAGUUUUCCUGAAACAGUACCCCUGUAAAGUGAGUAAAAGAGAGGGCGAAAGACGUAGGCACCGUAUCAACUUGUAGAGUCGAAUUGAUAGUGUUAACAAAUCGCAAUCAUGCACAGAGGUGCGACUACAACCGGAUGGACAGCAUGGUGACAGCACGGCACGUCAAGGGUAUGGUCAACGCCACCGGGCUGGCGGUGGAAUCGAGAAAGAGAACAUCCCCUUUGUUGAUUCGGAUCACGCAGACGAUUGCUUUGGUAGCAACAGUCCGACAAGUUCGACAGCGAUCAGUAGUAUAUCGACGGUUGACCAAGAGAACGACACUAUGACCGAAAGCCAAGAAAAUCUUGCUCGAGCGUACGUCUCGCGGCAUCAACCCAGUCUUGUCGAACGGAGAAUGCAGAAAAAGUUAACAGUUUCCAUCGAAAACAGCCUCAAUGAUGGGGAUUUGGUCGAAGAGGCGAAGGACAAAGCUACAGAAUUGAAGAUGGUUGACGAUCGAGCCCGAGCUUUGCGAAGAAAUUCCAUUUCUUUACCGAGUCUCAACGUUAAUGAGCUGGAAGCACUAAGAUUGGACCAACAGGGCCACGAUGGUUCAGUAUCGGUGAUCGAUUCGGGAUCAGAUUCUCUGUCGGGAGAGACUACAGUCACACCAGAAACUCCGACAAUACCGGCGAACUUUAAACCUAUGUUACAGUUUAAUGAUAAUAGCAGUAGCGACGAGGAUGAUAAACCGCGUAGCAAAAACCUCUUCCGUACCAAACGUCGGUCUUCUAUUGCACCGCUGCCAGCCUUGCGGCUGAACGACAAGGAAAUGAUGUCGAACGACUUCGACACGCAUAGUGUGCUGAGCAACCAGGCUUCGAUCAGCAGCGCCUCCUCCUUGCUCAGUUUGUUGAAGGAAAAAAUGCAGAAUGUACCCGGUAUCAUACGCAAGAAGAAACGCGAAACUAAGGACUACAAACUCCGCGUGUUUGUCGGUAUGUUGUUUCUUAUCAUCGUGUUUUUGGUCGGCUACGCGUACGUCAUGUACAAUCAGAAGCUGUUGGCGAAAUCGUACUUCGAGAGUAUAAAGUUUCAUAAGAAGACUCGGAACUUCCGGCUGCUUGAUGGUAAGGGGACGGAGCUGUUAACCGGCGUGCUGGGGACCUCACUGAGCAUUGAACAACCGUACAACUGUUUACCGAAGGACCUGAAGGACGAUGGCAGUGUGUGCUACGAGUGGAAUUCCAAAGCUCGUCUUUACAUGAACCUAGCGAAAGCUCCGGGACCGGACAUUAAAUGCUACUCGUUUCAGUGGGAAUCUCUACUUGCCGAUCUCUACCCGUCGGAUUGCUUCGAUGUUUCGGAGGAGCGUGGUUUUUGGUACGGUGGCGGAUUGACCAAGGGUAUUGAAUACAUUUUAGGUAAAGCAUCGAUUCCCGCCGGACCGUUCGUAACCGGUGACAUCAAUACGCAUCAGUGGGGCAAUGCGUUAAAGCGAUAUUUUCUAAACUCGCGUGGUGUGGCAAUUCAGGUGGACGAGAAGACUCCUCUAUACAUAAGCGUCAACACCGACUCCGGACGCCGCUUGUGUUUGCAGGGAAGAAACGAUAAAUUUGCAUUUGUAAACCAUCAGACUCGAUUUCCCGAAUUAAAGUACACUGUUUGCUCGGGGCCCGAUAUGAAAACGCUCCACAAUGGGCUUAUGCAGAAGAGCCUGUGGGACGGAUUGACGGAAAGGGAUAAUGAUGUGAUUAAGUCGCUGUUGCGCGAACCAGUGUGGCAAAUACCGGCCUCGAAACAAGAAGAUCUCACAGAGAUAGCCAUUUACAACUACACGGAAAGCAUCAUAGCACUUGGAUACCUUCGACUGGGGCAUGUUCUAGUGAACGAGUUUUGGCAGCGAACAAUCGGCGACUUCCGUCUGGAUGCGGAACGAUUUCCUACGCUGGAUGAAACAGUCAACAUCCUUCACCGGCGCGGGUUCCGUGUGUCGUUUAUGAUUCAACCCUUCAUUAGUACCGAGAGCAGCAACUUCCGAGAGGCGGUGGCCAAAAAGUUACUCAUAUACGAACGAGAAUCGGAAAGAAGCAUUCCAGCACUCACGAGGUACAAAAGCACUACCAGUGCCGGUGUGUUGGAUGUGACCAACAAUGCUUCAAUUCCUUGGCUUGCAGAGCAGUUGAAAAAAAUAUCCGAGACGGUGGAGAUUGAUUCGUAUUUUGUGGAUUUUGGAACGGCCUUCAACAUUCCCCGAUACUAUCAGUGCUCCCAAACGUUGGUCAAUCCGGACGAAUACAAAAACUACUUCAUGGAACGCUUCGAAGGCACGUUGAGCAUCUUUGGUGUGUCGAGUGCCAUAUCCGUGCCGCGACCUCCAUCCUUCUUGAGCCUACCACCAGUAAACAGCUCAUGGAGUGGGUUGCAAAGCAUCAUUCCUACCAUGCUGUCAUAUGGCAUAAUAGGCUAUCCGUUUCUAAUGCCCGGUCCCGUGGGUGGAGAUUUUGUGCUGCCUACUCAACAGCUGAAGAAAAUGUAUUCAUACUAUUCAUUCGACUUGCCACCGCUGCCCGAUAAGGAGCUGUACAUUCGUUGGCUGCAGCUUGCCACAUUUCUGCCUGUUUUGCGUUUUACACACCUACCUUCGGAAUAUCGGGACGACUCGGUGACGGCAAUAGCAAAAGAAUUGGCUGACGUUCGACAAAGAGUACUUCCGUUGCUCGAACGCUUUUCGAGCAUAGCCAUGGACGAAGGACUGCCAAUCAUACGUCCUCUGUGGAUGCUAGACUCGACAGAUGUUAAUUGCUUUUCGAUCGAUGAUGAGUUCUCGAUCGGAGAUGGCAUGAUAGUGGCUCCCGUGCUCGAGCGUGGUGAGACAGUUCGUGAAGUUUAUUUGCCCCAGGGAGUUUGGAAAGACGGUAUCGAUGAAUCGUUGCGGAAAGGAAGCCGCUGGAUUCAUAACUAUCAUGUGCCGCAGAAUAAGGUGGCGUAUUUUAUUAAAAUGCCCGACAAUACGCGCUUUUAGAUAGGAUGGCAAACCAGUGAACAUACUAUUUAUUCUAUUAAAUAAAGUUUUAUUAAAUAUAAACACACUAUCGAC